UGUCGGAAAGUUGUCCAAGAGCCUCACAAGCAGGUCCGAGCACGACUGCGACGAAAAACGACAUCAACAACAACAACAAAGAGAAAAAAAAAGAAAAGAAAAGAAAAAAGAAAGAAAAAAAGAUUCUCACGGAUUUGUUCGGGACUUUUUCUGUGUGUCUCCCCUGCCUCGGACACAGAGCUGUAACCUGCUUCUCCAUUUUUAAAGCCCUCCUCAGCUCCACUGUAAAUAGACAAAACAACAGAAUGACAACACAUUUCAGGAGCGGCCCUGCCUUCGGACUUUCAGCCGAGGUCAAGAGUAAGCUGGCAGGGAAGUAUGACCCCCAGAAAGAGGAGGAGCUGAGGCUGUGGAUUCAGGAUGUGACUGGCAAGAGGAUGGGGGACAACUUCAUGGAGACUCUGAAAGAUGGAGUCCUGUUGUGCGAACUCAUUAAUGUUCUCCAGCCAGGUUCUGUGAGAAAGAUCAACCACUCCAGUCAGAACUGGCACCAGCUGGAAAACAUAGGGAAUUUUGUCCGUGCGAUCACAGACUAUGGCCUGAAGCCACAUGACAUCUUUGAGGCCAACGAUCUGUUUGAAAAUGUCAACCACACUCAGGUCCAGUGCACACUCAUCGCUCUGGCUGGAAUGGCCAAGUCCAAAGGUUUCCGCUCCAAGUAUGACUUAGGAGUGAAGUACGCUGAGAAGCAGCAGCGCCGCUUCGCUCCAGAGAAGCUCAGGGAGGGACGCAACAUCAUAGGUCUGCAGAUGGGCACCAACAAGCUUGCCAGCCAAAAGGGCAUGACUUCAUAUGGCACACGACGCCAUCUGUAUGAUUCCAAGAUAGGCAUGGAAAACCCAAUGGACCAGUCUACUAUCAGCCUACAGAUGGGUACCAACAAGGGAGCCAGUCAGUCUGGCAUGACAGCUCCUGGAACCAGGAGGCACAUCUUUGACAAGAAGCUGGAGCUGGAGAACUGUGACACCACCACCAUCUCUCUGCAGAUGGGCACCAACAAAGUGGCCUCCCAGCAGGGCAUGACCACCUACGGCCUGCCCCGCCAGGUCUACGACAACAAGUACUGCACCAACCCCACCGAGACCUACUAUAACAACGGCAGUGAGAUGGAGUUUGACGGCUACAACCAGUACUCAGAUUAAAAAAAAAAAAUUUUAAAUACGGACAGCCUCACCCCGCCCCCCCCACCCCACCCCUUUUGCUCUAACUUUACAUCCCAGACUGUUAUUUAACACUGUUUGACAUCAUUGUCUUCUUUACUGCCCUUUCAAAAAAUUUCAUGCGGUGGCCAACUUCUGUAUCUCAUUGCGCUGAUAAAUUUUAUUACUGCUACAAAAACCCUAACAACUCUCAGAAGUUGAGAUUUAAUGACCUUCGCUAUUUAUAGAUUGUUUUUUUUUUCUACUGCUUUUUAUACUUGCAUUGUAAUUAGAGAUUUUUUUUUAACUGUUUCUACCCCUCGCCUCACCUCCCUGCCCUUCCAGUCCAGUUUGAACACUGACGAAGCAGAAUUUGAAAGUUCCUUAAAAGGAAACAAGUGACCGUGUUGGUGCUAUUGAACUUUGACCCAGUUGGAACAGAGUCCACGUUGGAGCUCCACAGGCUCCAGGAUUCCACUGCUCGGGAUGACACAGAAGCUCCGGGUCCACAGGCUGACCGGGCGACGCAGGAAGACUUGUAGCUUUGUGCGGACAUUGCUUUGUUUUGUGAGCACCUGCGCUGACAAAUAGUCGUGUUCACAAGCCUGCCAGAUUACCCAUUUUGCCAAUUUACGGGGCUAAUUUCUAUGGCUUGUGUGCAGCAUGAGUCUUUGUGUUUUUUGAGGAAGUAUUUAGACAAAGUAGCGGGGUCUGUCAGACGAUGCAUUUAUAAAACAGAGGAGUAAAUGUAGGUGUUGUGAUGUCCGGUUUGAUAUUAGGGUAAACUUAGUCACCAGUAGUUUUUGUACUGCAGGUGAACCUGUUGUCUUUUCUUCCAUCCGUUUGGAAACCCUUUUUCUACUUGCCUUUUGCCUCAGUGAACUUUGGCUUUAGUGCUGUUGCUCCAUUUGCACUUUACCUGGCCUCACCUUGUGUGUGCAGUGAACAGUGGAGGGAUGUAACUAGGCACAGUUACUCACAUACUGUGCUUAGGUACACAUUUAAGGUACUUGAACUUGUUUCCCAUUUGAUGCCACUUGAUACUUAUACUCCACUAAAGUUGUCAGUUACAGUUGCUUUACAAAAUAAGAUUUUACAUACCAAUUAGUUUAUAAAAUACAUUUUAAGAACAGGUAAUAAUAUAAUAGUAUAAUAAUCACAGUCAUUUUCCUGCAUUGAGUACUUUUACUUUUAAUACUUAAAAGUACAUUUAGCUGAUAAUGCAAAAGGAGUAUUUUUACAUUGUGGUAUUACUACUUUUACUUGCGCAAAGUCUCUGAGUACUUUGUCCACCACUGGCAAUAACUUGCAAUAUCAAAGCAGACCCAGGUGCUUGCUGAUAAUUGCUAAUGUGAAUCUUGCCAAAUACACAGAUGAGAUUCUACUUUUGAAAUUUCUGCAUCAUACUGUUAACCCACCGAAUGUCUUGAAUGUAAUGUUGUUGUAAGGUUAGAAGUGCCGCUAGCUGUCACGGGAUUCAUUUUCAACACAUUAGAGUGCAGAAAUGUACAUUUCACCAAGUUAGAAACAGAAGAGGCUCAGAUGCUUGUGGUGUGGUGUUACACAUCAAAACCUCUGUGUUUCUUUGUAAGACAUGCCGAUUUAUUGGCUUUGAUUUAGUGUCAGAAGUAAGCUUUAAACAAGAGUCAUGUUUGUGCUCCUGUGCUAAACGGACCAACAUCUAAGCUCCUGAUGUGUUCAUUGUCUUUCAUCAACAAAAGGCGCUACAGCCGUGAUUUUAGACAUGUAGCAGGGUGCCAUCUAGUGGAGAAAAAUCACAUGUACAUUUACUGUAUUUUCAAUCCGCCAAACGACCAAACAUUCCUUUUAUUCAAUCAAAUGUAGGAAUGUAGAUUUUUUUUUUAACAGUUCAUUGAUUUAUGAGCAUUAUAACCCUGUGGUAUCCAGAAUGGCAAUAAUGUAAAUGUAUAGUAACAUUUCACCCUAAUGUGUUGGCUUUGUUUCAACAUUGCUCGAACUAUACAUCUUCGCUAACCUUUUGAUUUUUUUUUUUUUUUUUUUUUUU